GCACACGUGUUUAUCAAUUUAUUUUUUUUGAAAACAUUUUUGAAAAUUUUCUAUGAUUUUACCGAAAAACGAUGGACAAAAGAAAAAAUAAUAAAUUCAAAAAGUCGAAAAAUUUCAAACGAAAAUUUAACAACGAUCAUGGUGAUGGCCAUAAUGAUAAUGAUGUUCAACAACAAAAUUCUGGCGGACAAUUGAUUGAAACGGGCGAAAAUGAGCAACCUUUGACGACUAUUGAGGAUUAUGAUCAUGAUAAUCCGGAUUCAUUGAAAAAUAUGACCAAUUCAAAUGAUAAAAUAUUCAAUCCUAAGCGUUUCAGAAAUGUUACCAAUCAAUCAAAACGUUUGAUUAUCAUAUUGGAGCGGGCAAAUUUAGAAAUUGUUAAAAAUAAAGAAAAGUUUGAACUAUUAAACACUGAUGAUCAUCAAAAUCUUAUCAAAAAAUUCAAAAAAGAUCCAAUGUUUUGUCGCCCGGAUAUUCUGCAUCAAUGUUUAUUGAUGUUAUUUGAUAGUCCGUUGAAUCGUGCUGGUUUGCUGCAAGUAUAUGUUCAUAGUGAACAAAAUGUGUUGAUCGAAAUCAAUCCACAAACCCGAGUACCACGAACAUUUAAACGUUUUGCAUUUUUAAUGGUGCAAUUAUUGCAUAAACUUAGUGUUCGGGCAUCCAAUUCAUCCGAUAAAUUGAUGAGAGUGAUUAAAAAUCCAAUCACUUUGCAUCUGCCGGUUGGUUGUCGUCGAAUUGGUACCACAUUCAAAUCAGCGAACUUGGUUAAACCAAAAGAACUUGUGCCGAAUGAUAAUCAACCCAUAGCCAUAGUGAUUGGUGCAAUGGCACAUGGUAAUGUUGAAGUUGAUUAUACUGAAUCUGAUGUAUCAAUAUCACAAUAUCCGUUAUCAGCUGCAUUGGCAUGUACAAAAAUCUGUUCAGCAUUCGAAGAAGCAUGGGAAAUAUUCUAAAUCAAAUUAAUUAUUUCAACAAUUCAUAUUUUGUAAUAUAAAAAACAUUGAAUAAUUUUCCUAAAUUGAAUAAAUAAAAUGAAUUCGAUUCCA